CCUGCAUGCCAUUUUGUUCAUGGAGACGCAGACUGACAGAGCUUUACUUUCUGAUCGCGCGCUUCCUAGCGUCGGGUCCCUGUAAAGCCGCCUCAGCAGCCCUAGCGACGGAACUGACUGAGCAACACCCUGAGCUACUACCUUGUCGAUUCAAUUGGAAAGGCGAAUCUCACCCAUUAACUCUCGAGGAACUAACCUCUCGUAAUUCUCAUAUCGCGAGCUCUCAUCUUCAUGAUUUGUUGCAAAGACUCGUUCAACAUACCGAUACCCUCUUACCACCGCCCGCCAAAGGCUCUUCUACAUUAUUGGGACCAGGUGACGCUUCAUUGUUGAGGACUAUCUCCGUACAUAACGACAAGCCUUAUAUUCCUAGAGCACCACGAUCACGCCUUGGAAAGCACAUAUAUUCGCAUCCAAAUCGUCAAGUCUUCAAUUCUUGUUUAGCGUUGACAGGCCGUGAAUUGGGAGGCAAUGUAUUGCGAGAUCAACGACAACCUACGUUUGUAUCAAAGUCUUAUAAGGAGCUAGUGACGCUAUUCGGGCAUCGAUUUCCAAUUUAUUGCGUUACGUUCGAUAAAGCUGGUCUACGUGUCAUCACUGGCAGCGACGACUAUCUCGUCAAGAUAUGGUGCGCUCGAACUGGAUACCUGAUAUAUACUCUGCGUGGACAUCAAAAGGAAAUAACCGAUUUGACAUUGAAUGAAGAAAACACCCUUUUGGCCACCACGUCUACUGAUGGCGUUAUCCGAGUUUGGAGUUUGAAAGAUUUUCGUCCUAUUGCCGUUCUCACUUCUGGCACCACCGCCAGAAAGGGAUUUACCACCGUUAACUUCUCUCCCUCGCCCAUGAAUGAUACUCGCUACUUAAUGGCGACUAGUGAAGACGGCAUGGUGCGAUUGUGGAAGUGGGAUCGUCAAACUCUGCAAUUCUUCGAUCCACACGCCCCUCUUACAUUUCCUUGCCGAUUCCGACUUAAAGAUCAAGUUCGCUGUGCGUCAUUUAAUCGAUCUGGAACUCAAUUCGCUGUUGCUGGAGACGACGGCAUCGUACAUGUCUUUUCUACCUUGAAGGGACAGACAAGUAUUGCCGAAUAUUCAAUGAAUGGUGCCUCUCAGGCGGUGGAGAGUGGUAGCGGUAGUGAAUUGGAUGGCAAUACCUUGAGACGACCAAAGAAAAAGGGCCGACCUAGCUUGAUGCAAAACUUCGAUAUGUCGGCUCUGGAAUCUUCGAAUGUUAUUCCCAUGGCCAACUUAGAGGGUCACCAUGGCGGUAUUACAGAUAUUGCUUACAGCCAUGAUGGAAAGAAGAUCUUGAGCGGUUGUAUGGAUGGCACAGCUCGAAUUUGGUACAUCGAUGGCGUAACCAACGAAUGGAAAUCUCUUGUUCUGGACAUCAAGGAGAAAAGUACAUCUACAACGGAGCAAACGCAGCAGCCAAAUACCCAGCCGCAAUCAACUCCACAGCCUGCUAGACGAAUGUCAACUGUCGCUACAAUCCAAUCCACUAAUAAUGAGACACCUGUGGCUCCUUCCGAUACGAAUCAAUCAGCUGACCCAACUCAAGACCCGUCAUCCAACGGAGACAGACCCUCGAAUGCUCCUGGUGACGAUAGAGACCAUAUGGGAGAAACUCCAAGCUAUAAUAUGCGUUCACGUCGAAAUACAAAUAACGUCAACCAAGAACAGAAUGGAUUCGAUAAUUCAGGUGUAGCUGGAGAUGUUCAAAUGCAAGGCCCACAAGGUCCUCCUUCCAGGGAAUCUGCAUAUGUUUCCAUGAUCGCUUGGAGUUUGGAUGAUUCAGCAUGCAUUAUAGCGACGACGUAUGGCGAUCUGAAGGUGUUCAAUUCCACGACCGGAAAACUCAUGGGAUCACUUAUUGGGCACACUGAAGAGACGUAUGCCGUGGAUGUUCAUCCUACGGAUCCCAGAACCGUGCUAUCUGCUGGCUAUGAUGGCCGUGCAAUUCUAUGGGACCUGGCGACCUAUACGCAGAUGAGCUGUCAUUACUAUCCUGAGCGCAAUUUACUUGACUGUAAAUUUUCGAAAGACGGUAUGAUGUACGCUGUUACGGAUUCUGAAGGAAAGUGUGUAUUAUUCGGUGUUGGUCAACCAACUCAGCCAUAUGCACAGACAAAGACUUGGCAACGCGGACAGCAGUUCUGGACAGACUUUUUGCCUGUUCGAUACGAUGAAAAUUGGAAUUUUAUUGACGAACAAACACAGCUUCCACCACAUAUGAUGGACCGCAGUCUUAUCAUUGAUUGGGGUGGCGUCGAAUACCCACAUCAGAAGCCAGCAGGUUACGGUCGAAAUUUGCCCUUGACAAACAAGUACUUUGAAUUCGAAGAACAGCAACGUCGUGCUUGGUACAAUGAGGAGAUGCAGCAGGCAAAGCAAGCUCGUAUUGCGGCAGUACCUAAAAUCGACCGUGCAAAGGCGUCUAAAAAGCGAAAAGACUUCGUUCAUAUUGAAGAAGAAGAAACCGAAGACUUGGCUAUCUUUGAUAUUCCCAUACGUGCUGCGGAAAAUGACGAAUCUGACGAUGAAGACUACACGGAUGUGCAAGAUGGUAGUGCUAGCAGCGACGAAUCGGAGGAUGACUCCAAUGGUGGCCUGGCUGCUGACGACUUGGCCUCAAAUGCUGGUAUUGACGAUGAUGAAUUUGUAGAGGACGAUGAAGCUGGCGAUAGUGGAUAUAGAGCAAGACGUAAAAGUAGAGGUCGACCGAAACGCCGUGGUCGACCACCAGCAGACAGAAAUGGAAGUUCUAGCCGACCCUCCACCUCCACUGGACGGAGGCGGCGAGGUCGCCCAAAGAAGACAAGAAGAUUACAGAGUGCCGAUUCUGAUGGGACUGAUUCAUCACGUCAUAUGCGACGUAGUCGAAAUCGACAAAUCUCUUAUGCUGAAGAUGAUGAUACCGAUAAGGAAUUCAUUGAAAGCGGCCGUAGUGAUGAUGAAAGCGAAGAUGUCGAUGUGGUUGGGUCUAACAUUUCACAACGAAAUGGAGCAAAGACCAGCGAUGAUGAAGAUUUUAAGGAUGAAGCCCGUGAGACUUUACCGACUACAACACGACCUAUUAAACGACGGGCUAUUGUCUAUGAUGAAGACGAGGAUGAUGAGGACGAUGAUCAAGAUGAUCAAGAUUUCAUGGAGGGACCUUCUGUCAAACGACGACGUUUACAGUCAGUUGAAGUCCAAGAACCCGUCGCUAUGCCAGUAAAGAAACGUGGCCGACCAAGGAAGAAUCCUCCCCCUGAUCAGGCCGACAAUACCUCGUCUUUGGAGGCACCACAAGGGCUGGAACUCACGGACUAUGAGCCCACCGAAUGGAUUAGAAUGGAAACAAGACGGCUGUCGCCUUACCAUCCUCAAGUAGACGACAUUAUUGUUAUAUGCGUAGAAGGCCAUGAAGAAUACUGGAGUCGAUCUGCCUAUAUCCACAACUUCAAUCCUAGACACGGGCCUGUAACCACUUCUGGUAAAAUGCUAUUUGCCCGUGUCAUUGGCUACCAAUGGCAAGUGGGGCCGCCUACCUUCUGUCGCUUAAAACUGCGCUUGCAAACCCUUACCAAUAUACAAGAAGCUUUAUUCCAGAAAGCUGAACCCAAAUGGCGUAGUUCAGGUCGCGAUAUCACCAUUGACUAUUGCGAUGAGGACAAUUGUCCAGAAUUCUUGGUAUUAUGGAACCGCUUCUUGUCGUCUAUGGAAAUCUGGAGCUAUCUAGCGAUAGGACAACAGGUUGACGCUGUUUAUGAUAAUGGCGCUUAUCCUGGCACGAUUGUAGGGAUCCAAACGGAUUGUGGUCAUUGGGAUGAGCUUAAUUUACCAAGUCCUUGGGCCUAUUUCCACAUUGUUUGGGAUGACCCAACUUCACCACCUGAAAAUCUUAGUCCUUGGGAGCUGGUUCCGCGAGGGCAAGAUCUUUUCCAGCGCUAUGACAAUGCAGAGUAUCUUGCCGACGACGUCAAAAAACGUGCAAUCGAUGUACUGCACUGGUUGAAAGAGGAGGAAGAUUAUGAGCUUUUCGUAGAGCAUGUUCCUUGGCAUGAUUAUCCGGACUACUUGUUACAAAUUGCAUACCCAGUAUGUAUCAACAUGGUGCUUAAUAGGCUUAAUAACAACUUUUACCGCCACGCAGAGGCUGUGAUUGAGGAUGUAGAACGGAUACGAAAGAAUGCUCAAAAGUAUAAUGACGAGACCUCCAUAAUCUAUAAAAAUGCUGUCAAGCUGGCGCGCAUGUUCAAAACUCGGCUCCAAAAUCCAACUUUGCCGCUUGCGAAAACGGAACGAGGUCGCAGAAGUACAAGAACAGAUAACGAUUCUGACGAGGAUGAAUACCAAGAUCAAGUGGACGACGAAGAAGAGGAGGAAGACGAUGACUUUGUCGUAGAUGAUCCUGACGAUAGACCAUAUUUGUAAUCUGUAAUACCUUUUUUUUUUCUCCACAACUGUUUAUAAUUCAAUGCAAGAUUGCACCCAAACUGCCAUUUUGUUUUCUUUGGUUCAAUUCAGCAACUAAUGUGUAUGCUAGUACUCCAUGGGAUGUAACUCCAUGG